ACGGGGUCAACUCAAGCCUUGGCCGCCAAGCUAAUGCUAACCCACCAGCACCAGGAUUCAAUGUCCGUAUAAACCAAUGGGUACAUAUGACACUUAAUCACUAAUUUUAAGUCAGUUGGUCCUGGUCUUCUUCCUCGUCUUCUUCUGGCUGGCUACUCGUUUUCAGUACUUUCUCUUGUUCUGCUGCUGCGUCUUUUUCUUCCCCGGCGGAAAGAUGGGCAUGGCGAAAUUGAAGAUAGGAGGGGCAUGGAGUGGGGUACUGGAAGUGGAUUUAGAAGAAUGGACUGUGGCCAUGUUGAGAGAAGAGGUGGCCGAGCGAUCGGGCUGCCAUGCUGUGCCCCAGACGAUCAACUUAAUAUCCGCGGGCAAAGUCUUGAGAGAUGGUGAUGGCACUGAAAAGCUCAGCCAACUGGGUCUUAAAAACAACGCUAAAAUUUUGGCCUCCAGGGUCUCCGCUGAUCAAGGCAAAGUGAAAGAGGAAUUCUUGGCUGAAGAAGAGCGCUCUAAACGCCUCUCCAGGAUCAAAUCUGCUGCCACUUCACUAGCCCAGAGACAUGCUGAAGGAUCUUUACCUGUUGAAAACUUUAAUCUAGAGCUGGAAAAUCAGAGUGGAGAAAAAGUGCAGCUGGGCUCUGAGACUGACCAAAGAGCAAUAAUGAUGGGUCUUAUGCUGCAUGCAAAUGCUAAGCAGUUGAUUAGAGAACAUAAAUAUAAGGAUGCACUUGAAGUGCUUAUCAUGGGCGAGGAGGCUUUCUCUCUAUGCAAUCCAAAGGCCAUUGAAAUGGUUGACAAUGUAUCCAUACUACAAAUAGACAUGGUAUGGUGCUAUUUUAUGCUCCGUGAUAUUAGCUGGCUCACAGUGGCUGGCCAGCGACUUGCAAAAGCCAGAGAGGGGCUUGAGCGUGCUCAUGGGAAGGAGUCUAUUCGUCUGAGACUUCUCCAAGGAGGACGGUUUCCUGAGCUUUCCUUGUACCUGAGGCUGGAGCUUUUAGAAGGAGUAGUUGCAUAUCACAGUGGUCGUGUAGAAAAUUCUAGGGCUUCCUUGAAUGCUGCUCAAAUAAAAUUCUUCCAGCUUCAAGUGCCUGAUGAAGCCUUAUCAUUGCUCAAGGGAAUGGGAUAUAAAGAACGGGAUGCAAAGAGGGCCCUUCGCAUGAGCAACCAGGAUAUCGAGAGUGCUGUUGACUUCCUUGUUGAGGAAAAGGCAAAAAGGAUGAAGAAACAGGAGGAGGACCUUUGGCGACAGCAGGAGAUUUUUGAGCAGAAGCGAUAUGGAAUGACACCACUGAGGAAAGCUGUGGAUCUUCAGAAAUUGAAUGAAUUGGUCACUGUUGGAUUUGCAAAAGAGCUUGCUGCAGAAGCCUUACGAAGAAAUGAAAAUGACAUUCAGAAGUCUCUGGAUGACUUGACCAAUCCAGAAACUAAUGCUGCCAUACAGGCUGAUAUUGAACUUAGGAAGAGCAAAAGAUUACGUCAAGCUGCAGAAGCUGCAAUUGAAGAGAUUGUAGCCAUGGGAUUCCCAAGAGCUUCAGUGGCUGAAGCUGUUCGCAUGUUCGGCACAAAAGAGAAAGCAUUAAAUUUUUUAGUUGGACAACCCAAUGAAAAUUCUGCAACAGCGGAUGUCAGCAACCACGAUUUAGGAGGUGGUGGAGGGAACGUGUCAGCUAACAGUGCAACUUUGAGCGGUGAAGCUGAUAAUGGAGGUCCAUCAGGUCGAAAGGAAGAUUUGGAGCGGGAUGUGGAGAUGGAAGAUGAACUUACUACUGGAUUGCAUGGUGCUGAUGCAUUCUCUGACUAUGACAUUGAUGUUACAAAAGAAGGGGAAGCUAUCAACGAGUAUCUGACUUUACUCAACUCUGCAGUUGAGGACGAGAAAGUUUAUAGAUUAUAAGAAGGUUUUUAGAUUAUCGAUUGCUAGAUUGAGCUCUGUACAGUUGUUUCGCAUGUUAAAAGUCGAUUACUUUAUCAAUUUUCUGAUUAAAAAAAAAUGGUCGGAAUAUUUGACUGGCUUCCAAUCCGCGUCCUUGAGAUUAACAGGAAGUUUAUUUUCUCUUGCUGACAAGUUGGUGGUAAAAAAAUGAUGAUAUGUUUUGGGCGCAUAGGUGAGGUUGUCUAUGGUUA